AUGACUUCUGCAGAAUGGAAAAGGUCCAAGUAUGCAAGAAAAAUAGCUGAAUUAGAGAUGAUGGAAGUCAUUAACUCCACUCAGUUUUGGGAAAAGGUGGGUGAUGUCUUAAAGAUCCAAGAACCGUUGGUUAAAGUGUUGAGGAUGUGUGAUGGUGAUGAAAACCAACUAUGGGUUUGUAUUUAUGAAGCUAUGGAUAGAGCAAAAUUGGCGAUUCGAAGAGAUUAUCGAUAUUACCAGAAAUAUUGGGAAGUAAUUGAUAGGCGAUGGAGCAAUCAACUUCACAAUGAUUUGCAUUCAACUGGAUAUUUCUUAAAUCCACAAUUUCUAUACGGAGGCAAUUCCACAAGUGAUAUGAUUUAUGGAAUCAUGAAUGGGGUGAGAAAUGUCAUACAAAGGAUAGAGCCCAACUUGAAUGAUCAAAGUUUGGAAAUGAAGCAAUUAUUGUUAUAUCGAGAUAAAACGGAUUCUUUUGGAACACCAUUAGCUCAAGCUGCAAUUUUAAAGACUAACCCUGCUGAAUGGUGGACCAAUUAUGGAAAUUGUGCACUUCAACGUAUUGUUGUCAGAGUUCUAAGUCAAAUAACCUCUUUUUCAAAUUUUGAAGCUAAGACACAUGAAAAAAAAAGUGCACAAGAGCUAGAAAUGGGUUUUAAUCCAAUCAAUCUUGAAAAUAUUUUUGAAGACGAUCCACUAAAUUCAUGGGCUGAAGAAAGACAAGAUGCUAUGCUCAAUAGUGAACAAAAUUUCUCAUGGUUGCCUGAAGAGUUAAUUAAUGAAGCAGAUGAAGAAAUUCAAGGUGAAGAUAUGCAUGACAUUUCACCUACUCCAUCUAAUGAUGAAAGUGUUCAACUAUCGACGUCAAGUGGUGGUGGUGAUGAUGGCGGUGAUGGCGGUGGUGGUGAUGAUCAUGGUGGUGAUAAUGAAGGUUUGUAUGGAACAAAUACAUCUACUGGUUCAUCAUCAUAUAGUUUAGCUAUAAAUGAUAAUGAGAUUAGUGAAUCAUCUCAGGGCAUAUAUACUGCUUGGAUCAAUACACAGGAAGAUGAAAGGAAAGAAUUGAAGGAAGUAAGAAAGGAAGGGAGGAAGAAGAAGAAGAAGAACUUGCUUCCACAUCAAAAAGUUAACGGCAAUUAA